UUUGGUAUUUGUCUUUAAAUGUUUUAAGCAAAAUUUAAUCAUUUAUAAUUUAUUUUAGAAAUUAAUAGUUCACUCAUCUUUUUUUAAAAAAAACCUUAAUAUGUAAACCGUCAAUUAAAACUGAAAUCAUGGAAACGUGACAUUUUGAUUGCUUUGAGUUUUAUGUUUUAAAUUAAGUUUAAAUAUGAGGAAAAAAGGGCUUGGUGAGAAUUUUAACGUUUUUUCCCUUUAAUAAUCGGAUGGAGCAACUUGGCCUAAAUACCAUUGUAUUUCCUGUAAUAAACCUGUUCUGUCACUCAUAAAUCUCUUUGCAAAAAUGGACAAAACCUAAAUGAGAAAAUAUUUAGACAAGACAACAUUUUAAAAAUAUUUUAAAGGGGAAGUCAAUGCAUAAGAUUGUGUUUUUCUUGUAGACUAUGUUUAAAAUAAAUAGAAUUUGGCCCGCCAAAAAAGUGACACUUCAAUAUUGAAAAUGUUUAAUCUAAACAUAACUUUUAUUUAAUUUUGCUUUUAAAACCCUUUUGCAGGAACAUUUUAAUCAAGUUUUCUUUGAUCUCUGAUUAAGACAGCUGAUGAUAUAUAAAUAUUUAUAUACAUCAAGUUCUUUUUCAUUAUUUUUUUUAAAUGGAAACCAUAAAUCAUCAGAGUUCAUGUUUUUCUCAACUUAUAGAAAAUGUAAUUGAGGAAGACAUUAUUAUACAUUCCAAAAUGUUGAUUCAUCUCAUUACAGGGUGGUUCCCCUCAGGUGAUCCAUCUUCAGCCCUCCCCUUGAAUUUUUCUGGGUGUGGAAAGAGCCCAGAAUGAGCAUAAAAAGAGGCAGAAGGAGAUCCAGAGACACAACGGUGAUCUCCACCUAGAGCCUGAGCAGGAUCUUCAGAGACCCUCUGAGAACAGAAGCUUCAUCAUCUUCACUCUUCGUCAACACUGCUGAGACCUGAUCUGAUCUCCUCCAACAUGCUCCGCCCCCUGCUCUUCCUGUUUGCUGUCAGUGGACUGACAGGCGUCCAUGGAAACCUGUGCACAGUGACCGGUCCCACUGUCAUUGACUUUAGUGGACAAAUGAACUCUGUGUCCGACCGGUGUGAGUACUCUCUGCUGCACGAUCAGUCUACUGGAUUCUCUCUGAAGGCCAACUUCCUGGAACGGCGUCGCAGAGAUGUGAGCUUUGUGGACAGUCUCACUCUGGACUUCAGUGACAGUGAUGACAUUCAGCUGCUGCAAGGACACAGAGUCAAGGUAGCAGGAUCACCUGUGACCCUCACCAGUUCAGUCCAGACAUCUGGUGGAGUUGAUCUCUCCAAGGACCAGACUGGAGUCACUGCUAGUUUUUCAGUCAAUGGCUCAUCUGUGUCUGUGUUCUUUGAUGGAACCACAGCUCAGAUCUACAUGGAUUUACCUGUUAAUCAUACGUAUGAUGGUCUGUGUGUAGACUCCAGCAGUUCCUCAGCAUCAAGGCUCCCCGGUAACGACAGCUGUCAGGAUCAGUAUGUAGACGCUGGUGAUGGCACCAUUAUCUCAGAAGCUGUAGUUGCACAGUGUGACGUCCUGAGCAAAACUCCGUUCUCCCAGUGCAAUUUGAUUGUUGAGGUAGAGCCAUACAUGGUUGCAUGCAGAACUACUUUGAUGAAAUAUCCUUCAGUGGACAAUCUCAGGUGUCAGUUCCUGAAGGCCUACGCCAAAGCCUGUGAGAAGAAACAAGUUGACCUCCAGAGCUGGUGGACAACAGCUCAGUGCCAUCACCCACAGCCCAUCUGUGGAGACAAAUGCAUUGAUCAUGAGUUCUGUGGAGAUAUCCACGGAAACACGGACUGUCGCUGUAGAGCCAUUUAUGCCUCCAAGUUCACUGAACAGCACAGACUGGGAGGUCCAACUGUCUGCAAGGACAACACUGCCUCACUCAGUCUGGUGGGUUGUCUCCUGAAGGAAAACGGCAUCGACUACAAUCACUUGCACCUCAAUGACCAGACCUGCAAAGGUGCGAUGAACCCAGACAAUCACAUGCUGGAAUUCACUUUCCAAAGUGACAGUUGUGGAACUGAAGUCACGACCAAUAACAGCCAGGUCAUCUUCACAAAUGCGAUUGUGACCCGCAACAGCUCCUCAGACGUCAUCACUCGUCAGGAUAAAGUCUUCAUUGAGUUCUCCUGCAGCCAUCCUAAACCUGAGCUGCAGAACGUGGCCUUCAACAUUUUGGACAACUCUGUGAAAAUUUUCCUUCAGUCUGGAGAAUGGAACUACAGUUUGAGCAUGAAGGCUUACUCUGAUGCUGCCCACACCGACCUUUUGGGUCCAAAGAGUGAUGUCAGGCUGAACCAGAAGAUCUGGAUUGUUCUGGAGACCGAGGGUCUGGAUAAAAAUGUGGUUUCUGUGGUGACCGAAGCCUGCUGGGCAACCAGUGAUGACUCACCCAGCAGCACUCCCAAAUACUACCUGAUCAAUGAUGGCUGUCCAAACGCAGAUGAUGGAACAGUUAAUGUGAUGGGAAAUGGACAAGGAACCUCCAACUCCUUCUCCUUCAACAUGUUUGAGUUCUCUGGAAAGGAACCUUCAGAAGUCUACCUUCACUGCCAACUGCAGCUGUGUGUUAAGAAGAACAACGACUGUGUGCCGGGUUGUUCUGCUGGAGGUCGGAGACGCAGAUCUCUCAGAUACAGACGUGGGGCUCCAGCGUUGAUCAGCAUGGUCUGGACUCCUUAGAUGAAAUUCAUGGAGAUCCUGACUAACCAUCGGAGUGCUGACUUGAUCCUGGUUCUCAACCCGGAAGUGUGAAGAAAGAUCAGUUCUGGCUGCUGUUAAUCCACUUUGUUAACUUGCACAUCUACUACCUAUGAAUUCUGAAGAGGGAAGGAAACUGUCACUUUAUUCAUUUUAAUCAUUCAUCUGUUCUCUGCUUUAUUAUUGACAAUUCUUUUAAUUAUACUUUUUUGAUCAGAGUUUUUAUUAGUUUCAUCAAGAAAAUUUGAAGAGAAUAUUUGAGCCCAUAGUUAGGGUUUUAAUGAAGGUCAUCAACUGCUUGUAUUUUGAAGUAAUAGAAUAACUGUUUAAAUUAAAUCAUACGGUUCCAUUUAAUCUGGUUUUAUAUUUGACUGUUUCUUUUUUGUGUUCUCUGGAAAUAUUGGGCAUUUGUUUUUCCUUUUCUGACUAUUUGAUUAUUUUUUAAGCAUUCAAAGACAAAAAAAUAAAUAAAUAUUGAUUGUAAAAAGAAAAAGUUGAAUCCGUUUUUUCUUUGAAACAAUUUAU